UCGUCGACAAACGAUUUGCGCACAGUCGAAUAAUAUCAUUUACUAUCUGUAAAAUAUUCCUUUUCCAGAGGAAAUUUAGUACCUACCUGCGCCGGCAAUAUCGUAAGCGCGAUGCUCAUUAGUGACGACAAAGGGGGAAACCCGACGGUCGCGGGUCGGUCAUACGCGAUUUGUCUUUGUUACGUAACCGCCGAUGCACAUUGCACACUGCACACACUAAACACACACACUGCACACUGCACACACACUCGCGCGCACCGUCCGUUACGUUUGUUAUAAUGCUUUAUUUUUGUUCGAUUAUUUAUUAAUAAUAUUAUCGUCGUGAAUUAUUAUUAAUAUAUUAUUUUAUUGUCGAUAAUAUGGAUCGGCUGCCAACCACGUUUAAAGAUACCGUGUUUAUCGUGCUGCCGACGACGCGAUGUCGACCGACGACAACGGCUCGCUGGCGGACUAAAUUUAAUAUGGCCGCCAGCCCUCACUCGACACGUACGUCGUCUCGCAUUAUCCGUUCGGCGUUCAGUAUGUUCAGUUCGUUUUUUCCGUCUGCUAACGUCACAAACUACCGACACACGUUUGCUACUUUGCUAUAAAUUUACGUCGUACGAGAGUAAUCGUAACGGUCGCCGACGACCGGAGAUGAACUCGGACGGGUUGUGCCCGAGCAGCGUUGAAAACGGACCGGCUGGCCCAGUUUGUGUUCCACAAAACGAUACAUACAAGUUAGAGUGGGAUCUAAUUACCAAGCUGACAUUCCAGAGCUAUUAUUACACACAGAAAAGAACAUGGAACGUCAUAAAUCACUAUCAGUUUGGGUACCAUCAGACAAUUUUACAGAAGAUGAUAAGUUAAUUGAUUACUUUUUUUUAUCAAAAACAAAAUAUGGCUAUAAUACUGAACAAAGUCUAGGUUUGUUAUUUCAUAAUAAUUUCAACUUGAGCAAAGCAUUCAAAGAUUUACCAAACUAUACUCGAAUUAUAAAUUGGUCAAAUUUUGAAAAACAUAAUUUCGAGAUAGCAUUUUUGAAGUUUGGGAAAAAUUUUGAGCAAAUUAGAAAACAAAUUCCAAAUAAACCAUUAAAAGAAAUUAUUGGCUAUUACUAUCUACAAAAACAUAAGGAAAAUGCAUUAUAUACUAUCAUGGUUGAAGACUCAAUAAAUAAAUUGAAACCUUGGUGUAAAAGACAUCAAAAGAUGAAUUGUGGAACAUCCAAUUUAGCUAAGCUAAAUAAUGAAGACUCAGAUGAUAUGAUAAUCAAAAAAUAUUGCUCAUUUUGUGGAGUUCUGUGUAUGGACUAUCAUCAAACCCUAUCACCAAUAUGUGAACAAUGUUAUUCAUAUCUCAGGAAGAUGCAGGAAAGCGGUGAUAGACUUAUACUAUGUCUACCAUGCCCAGACAAAUUUCAUUGGAUGUUAGCUCAUAAGAAGUGUCUAUCACCACAAGAUAUGUAUAAUUAUCAGCAUAUACUGAAGUUAAUUGGCCAAGGAGAAACAAACGAUGAGGAGAUACAUACAUCAGUAAGGACUAGAAGUUCUUAUAAGAAGAAGAACGAGAAAAAAAAUAAAUUUUAUAAAUAUGCUAAAUGUUAUGAAUCCAUCUCCCCGAUUACCAACAAUUGUAUUUUCCCUCAGUGCAAUAGUGCUGGAAUUUUAUGCCCAAUUUCAGAUAAAUCUAGCUCUAAGGUAAAGUUACCUUUUAUGAGGCUUAAUGAAUUUAUAUAUGAUAAUAACCAUUAACCGGAGCUGUGAACUUAACAGUUAUUUAUAAGUUAAAAAUAAGUGAGAUUAUGAAAUACAAAUUUAAUUUAUACAUAACUAAAUUCAUUUUUAAGUAUAAAAUUUUAAUUUGUAUAUUUUUUACCUAUGUAUGAUUUUAGCAUUAAAUAUUUAUGAUUGAUACCUUUUAAACUAAGUAUAUAGAUAAUUGUGAAUUUAUUAGUUUGUUUAGAAUAUUUUGUAAUUAUUUAGAAGAUUUAAUUCAUAACUUUUAUCAUAUU